AUGCAUCAGACCUUAUCGAAUAUAAAAGGGUAUAACGAGGAAGGCUCUCACAUCUCGUCACCAUUGGCGUCGCUCCCGUUCUUACCUAUGCAGUGUUGCCAGUUUCUACUUGUGACACUAUUCGCUAUUCUGGCCAGCAGCACGAUUUCUGCAGAUACCUCCCGAGAUGACCAUGACGGCGUCUCUAGGGGUGCGGGCCUACAGCGGUUUUCAAAUAGCGGUCGUCUCACAAAAGAAAAGAGAGAAGAAAGGGGCAUUUUCUCCGGCAUUAAAAACUGGGCAAAAAUGAAGUACUGGGUCAGCCUCAAAAAGUCCGACAAGUACGUUAUGGAGAAGCUUGGACUACAGGGACUUCAGGGUCAAGCUCUGAGGACUCACCCGAAGUAUAAAACGCUGGAGAAAUUCUGGUACAAACGUGAAAGCAGCGAGCUGGACGACUGGUUAAGCGAAGGACUCACUUUGUACGGAGCCUGGACGCGCUUGAAGCUGGAUAAAGUUCCUUCAGCACAAGUCAUGAAAACCAACGAAUACAAAAUCUACGUACACUACGUGAAAAAGUAUGACAGCAUGGUCUACGAUUUCAAAAACAGCAUUUUCCAGCCUUUGAUUGAGUUCGGAGGAACAGAUGCGGAAAUAUUUGCAAAAGUUCAGGUCUGGGCUGCAGCGAAUCGACCCCGAUGGUACGUGAAGGAAAUGCUAGAGCUAGAUGGUCUGUCUAAAAGUGAGCUAGUUGCCGACAAGUUCUACAAGAAAUUCUUGGACUUGACGGGGAAAAAACCGUAG